UGUCUGAUGCCGCAUUGGAGGCGGGGAGCGCCGCUAUGGAGUGCAGGGAUGGAGGCCACGCUCUGCAUCCACACGUGCCUUUGGCUGAGCGCUGCCUGGAUCCCCCUGGCCUCGCCAGCCGGACCAGCCUGCAGUGGACAGCACGCUCCGGACACUGAGGGCCACCACGGGAAGCUGACGUGGGCGGUCAGCUUGGAUGCACCCGAGGAGGAGCUGGAGCAGCGGGCAGAGGAGCUGGCCCGGACUGCGGGGCUGGUGAACAUGGGCCGUGUCGGGGAGCUCAAGGGCCAUUACCUCUUUGCCUACCAGCCCGAUGGCCACGCGGCGACUGAACACGAAGCAAUAAGGAGGUCGGUGGACACUUUGUUUGCACAGCACGACAGCGUGCGGUGGCACUCGGAAGAGAAGCUGCUGAAGCGCUCCAAGCGCAGCCUGCACUUUAACGAUCCCAAAUACCCCCAGCAGUGGCAUCUGAACAACCGCAAGAGCCCCGGGAAGGACAUCAACGUCACGGGCGUGUGGGAACGGAACGUGACGGGGCGUGGGGUGACGGUGGUGGUGGUGGAUGACGGCGUGGAGCACACCAUCAAGGACAUCCAGCCAAACUACAGCCCAGAAGGCAGCUAUGACUUGAACUCCAACGACCCUGACCCUAUGCCUCACCCCGACGAGGAGAACGGGAACCACCACGGGACGCGCUGCGCCGGGGAGAUCGCGGCCGUGCCAAACAACAGCUUCUGCACGGUGGGAGUCGCCUACGGGAGCCGCAUCGCGGGCAUCCGAGUGCUGGACGGGCCCCUGACAGACAGCAUGGAGGCCAUCGCCUUCAACAAGCACUAUCAGAUCAAUGACAUCUACAGCUGCAGCUGGGGUCCCGAUGACGAUGGGAAGACUGUGGAUGGCCCCCAUCAACUGGGCAAGGCUGCCCUGCAGCACGGGGUGAUUGCGGGUCGCCGGGGCUUCGGGAGCAUCUUCGUGGUGGCCAGUGGCAACGGGGGCCAGCACAGUGACAACUGCAACUACGAUGGAUACGCCAACUCCAUCUACACUGUCACCAUAGGAGCUGUGGAUGAGACGGGCUCCAUGCCCUUCUAUGCUGAGGAAUGUGCCUCCAUGCUGGCCGUGACCUUCAGCGGCGGGGACAAGAUGAUGAGGAGCAUCGUGACAACAGACUGGGACUUGCAGAAGGGCACAGGCUGCACGGAGGGACACACAGGGACAUCAGCUGCUGCUCCCCUGGCCGCAGGAAUGAUCGCUCUGAUGCUGCAGGUGCGGCCGUGCCUCACCUGGCGGGACGUGCAGCACGUCAUCGUCUUCACUGCCACCAAGUACGAGGACCGUCACGCCAAGUGGGACACGAACCAGGCAGGCUUCAGCCACAGCCACCAGCAUGGCUUCGGCCUGCUCAACGCCUGGAGGCUGGUGAACGCUGCCAAGAUCUGGGAGUCCGUGCCAUACUUGGCUUCGUACGUGAGCCCCAUGCUGAAGGAGGGCAGGAGCAUCCCAGUGCUCCCCCAGGAGCUGGAGGUGGCCUGGAACGUCACCCCCGCCGACCUGGAGCUCUCUGGCAUGAGGACCCUGGAGCACGUGGCAGUCACUGUCACCAUAACCCACCCUCGCCGUGGCAACCUGGAGAUCCGGCUGUUCUGCCCCAGCGGGAUGAUGUCCCUGAUCGGCACCACCCGGAGCAUGGACUCGGACCCCAAUGGCUUUUCUGACUGGACCUUCUCCACGGUGCGGUGCUGGGGCGAGGAGGCACAGGGCACCUACAGGCUGCUCGUCAGGGACAUCGGAGACGAGAGCCUGAGGCCUGGCACCUUGAAGCAGUGGCAGCUGACCCUGUACGGCUCCUCCUGGUCCCCAGUAGAGAUAAAGGAACGGCAGAGGCUGCUGGAGGAAGCCAUGAGUGGGCAGUACCUGAGCAGUGACUUCUCCCUGCCCUGUCCCCCAGGGCUGGACAUCCCCGAGGAGCAGCGUUACACCAUCACAGCCAACACCCUCAAGACCCUCCUGCUCUUGGGAUGCUUUGCCGUGUUCUGGACUUUCUACUACAUGCUGGAGGUUUGCCUGACGAGGAACGAGGUGGGGCUGGACCUGGCCUGCUCCAGCUCCAGCAGCUGCAGGUGGUACCAGCAAGGUGGGAAGCACCGAGCCCUGGAGAGCGGCCUGGAGAUGGAGUCGGUGCCACUGUACCGGGAGAAGGACGUGGAGGAGGCCGAGAUGGAGUGUGAGCACCUGGAGCCUGCCCGGCACGGGGAGGAGGAGUCCUGGACCCCCACUCACCCCAAACUUUCCAGCAAUGGCAGAGCCAUGAGCUUCCAUGAGGCAGCCCCCACUGGAACGGGAUUCCUGGGCCGGGAGGCAUCGACUGAACUCCUCGGGGAGGGCAGGGAGCACCAGCCCUGCUGACUGGGACUGGGGCCCUCCCUUGGAACGACCUUCCUGGGCUCGGGCAGCACAGACUCACUCCUGGGCCUCCACGGACCAUUGCCACUGUGUCCUGCAGAAGGUGGUGUUGGAAAUGGCUCAGAAACAAGGAGAGAGGGCUGGUACUGGAAAGGGAGCUUCCCUUCCCUCCUUCUGGAAAACAAAGCAAGCCUUAAACCCUUUCCUGACAGAGCCUGCCCUGCCCGACGCUCGGGGCUCUCCGUUGUGUGUGGAGUGCCAUUCCCACAGAGCCAGGCAGCUCUGCACAGCCCCUUCCUGCCCCUGCAGCAGGGCCAAGACGUGUCACUUUGUCCCUGAUUUCUGCAGAGUGAGCCUGGAAAACGAGACAAGGCCCUGGCAGCCACCUCUGCAGGCAGGGACCCCGCAGCACUGGCAUUUCCCUGGGCUGGCAGCCGGCCCUUACCCACCAGUUAUCCCAGUUUAGAAGCAGGGAGUUAUUUCACUCAUCUCCAACCAGCACUUCUCCCUGCUCCAAUCUUGCUGAUUCCUCCUCUCCUGUGGGCACAGAGCAGCUGUGGGGUGGGAGAGGCAGGAGCCAGCCUGUUUGGGGGCAGGAUGGGGCUGUCCCUGUGUCACUGGGCACAGCAGCACCUCUGGUAGCAGGUAGGCCUGGCUUGGGCUGGGGAGGGGAGGUUGAGAUGCUCUGGCAGUGGCUCCUCUGAGCAGGGUUGGCUUGUUCACAUGUCUUUGGGUUCGGUGGUUUAUUUUUUUAAAGCUGGAGUUUGUU